AGGAACGGAAGGAGCAGACCUGGUACUUAAGCCGCUCCUCAUUUCCGUCAUCUUUUGCUUUCUUCCUUCCGCCAACUCUCAUCACCAGCCUAUUUAUACCAACCCUCGUUAUCGCCUCAGACAAGCACAGCUAUACAUAAUCUCUCUCUGAUUAUCCAAUCAACCUUCAAAAUGCCUUUCACCGCUUCCGACAUCUGCAAGAUCAUCUUCGCCAUCAUCCUGCCUCCAGUGGGUGUCUUCCUGGAGCGCGGAUGCGGUGCCGACUUGCUCAUCAACAUCUGCUUGACCAUCCUGGGUUACAUUCCCGGUAUCAUCCACGCUUUGUACAUCAUCCUCAAGUACUAAUCGACACAUCCCAUUUGAUCAUGGGUAGCGCGCUGCGAGCACGGAAACCCCGGCAACCUAGUCGAGCGAGCUGAGCUGUGUUUCUGUUCCGGCACCGAGGGGAAUAAUCUACGCUGCGCUUUCUUACCCCCGUUCAACCAACGCUACUCCGUCUUGGGCUAGCUCGGCAGUCUUGGCGCUGUGGCUCGUUAAAUCGGUUGAUUGGGUUAAUUGGAACUGAUUUCCCGGUCGAUAACGAUUACUUGAUUUGCUUGAUUUUGUUCGCUGCUUGCUUCUACAUCUCGAUGAUACCAGUUUUGUUUCACAUCUUUACUACUACUACUGCUACUACUACCUCUUCUUGCGCUCCGAUGCACGUUAUAUUUGAUAGGGUGUCUGGCUGAGCGAGUACGCAUGGCGUUUACGCUGUCUACUAUUACCAUUUAGUACGACUAAUUGAUAAUCGUAUUGAGCUUAUAAUAU